AUGAAUUAUUUAGAAAUUUUAUAUUUAUUUAUUGUUGCAACCAUCGGUUUAUUACUCAGUUUUUAUGUAAAUAAAAAUUUAUUCAACAACAAUAACAAUAAUAAUAACAACAACGAUGGUUUCUCCAGCAACAAUAACAACAACAAUAACAACAACCACCAAAAUCAAAACUCACCAGCCCACAAUACUGCCCCAGUAGAUAUACAACAAAUUCUACAACAACAACAACAACAACAACAACAACAACAAAAUCAACAGCAUCAAUUUUCAAAUCCACAACCACAACUACCACAGCCACAAUCGCCAUCACAGCCACAAUCACAACAAAAAAGCACUGUAUCAACCCCAGGCAUUAGAAAAUUAUUUAAAGAUCUUGAUGAAUAUGAACGACAACAAGAAGAAGAAGAAGAAGAGCCAGAACAAGAACAACAAUCACAACAAAGCUCUCAAAACCCACAACAAUUUCCAUAUUCAAGGGGACAAGCCAGCCAUUACCCAUCAUUUGAUAUAAAUCAAUCACGUUAUACUGCCAGUGCUUAUUCUCAAACAACCACUCAACCACAACAACGCCAACAACCAUCUUCAAGUGCUCAGAACUACCCAUCAUUAAAUAGAGCACAUUCUCGUACCGCUGUUGAUGCUCCACCAACUACUGAACCACAACAACACCCACAACCAACUCAUUCAUCCCCAAGUGCUCAUAGCUACCCAACAUUAAACAGAGCACAUUCUCGUUAUACUGCCGGUGCCAAUGUUCCACCAACCACUCAACCACAACAACAUCCACAACCAACUCAUUCAUCAUCAAGUGCUCAUAGCUACCCAACAUUAAAUAGAGCACAUUCUCGUUAUACUGCUGCUGCCAAUUCUCCACCAACCACUCAACCACAACAACACCCACAACCAACUCACUCAUCAUCAAGUGCUCAGAGCUACCCAACAUUUAAUAGAGCACAUUCUCGUACCGCUGCUAAUGUUCCAACAACCACUCAACCACAACAAAACCCACAAACAACCGAUUCAUCUUCAAGUGCUCAGAACUACCCAGCAUUUAAUAGAGCACAUUCUCGUAACGCUGUUGAUCCAAAUCCACCAAAUUCAUCACCAGCUUUCAAUUCAACAGGUGUCCCAACUUCAGCUAGUAACACUCCAAUGAAGAAGAGAUCAUUAGAGUCUGAUGAAGAAGAUUUAGAAAUUAAAAUGGGAACCAAAAAAAGACAUAGAUAUGAAGAUGAAGAAGAAUUAAAAAGGGUUCAAAAAGAAAAGGAACGUUUAGAGAUGGAAAGAUUGGAAAGGGAAAAGGUAGAAUUGGAAAGAAUAGAAAAAGAGCGUGAAGAAAAAGAACGUGAAGAAAAAGAAAGAUUAGAAAAGAUAGAAGAAGAGGACCGUAUAAAAAAAGAACAAUUAGAAAAGGAAAGAAUGGAAAAGGAACAAGAACAAGAGGAACAAGAAGAACAAAAAGAAGAAGAUAAUAAAUGCUACAUUUGCCUUGAAAAUAUGGAGACCGAAAGCAUUGCCACCAUUGACUGCAAUCACAAAUUCUGUAUUGAUUGCAUGGAUACAUGGCAUAAAAUCAAAAAUACUUGCCCAUUAUGUAGAGCAAGAUUUUAUACUAUUAAAAGAGCCGGUCAAGAACCAAUCAUAGUAGGCGAUGUUGAAAAUAGAGCCCAUGAACAAGAAUUAGAUUACAACUUCCUUGAUGAUUCCAAUAAUUCUGAUAAUGAUAAUGAUAAUGACUCCGAUGAUGAAUUUAGUGGUGACAUGGACCAAGUUUAUCACCGUUUAUUACGUCGUCGUUUUAUUCAUAACAUUUACGAACCAAUAUUUGAUGAUUAUAUAAAUAUGAAUUAA